AUGGCGGAAGGAAACAAAAAUCAGGCGGCAAGCCAAGGGCGACCUCUAGCUUCGUCUGCGGUGGUCGCGCCUGGCCCGGAAAGACGAUGCGGCAAGCUUGACACGUCUCGGGGGACCCUUGUUGUGUUCCUUCUCGCCUCGCAGCGCGGGCACGUGCCAUGCAAUGGAUUUGCGGUGGCGGAAGCGCAAGAUACUCCAGGGCAGAUGGGCCAUCAACCGCAACGAAGACGAGCGGAGAGCGUGUGGGCCGUGCUAGCGGAGGCGGCCAAGCACCCCCUGUGCUCGAGCCCACCCUGUGUAGAGGGGAAUCGAAUUCACGAAGAAUGGAUGGAUAUUGGCGAAGAGAUGUCGCGUGUUGACGGGGCUGCGGUCGUUAGGCGCCCGGAGCUUAUCGACGCGGGUUCCUCGCCGACCCCCCUGCUGUCGCCAGUGAACAGCUUGGACUACGUCAAGACGCUGCAGUCGUACUUCCCAAUCUUCAGGGACUCUCUGUUCUCAAGCAUGAGGGUUGAGACACAAGAGGGCCUCGAGGAACUACCCAUGCUGCAACGAUUCCUGGAUGCCGUCGAGGAGGGGGACGAUUCCGCGGCAAAGUAUUUGAGCGCAUCCUACGCCACCGGGCCUGCGGAGGAAAAACUCGCGAGCGACGGGUACGAGAGCGUCUCAGCGGUCGUGAGCAUGGCGGAUGUGUUCAUCAACAGAGACGGGUAUUUCUGGAACGAUAAGGUUUUCGUGGCGCCCAACUCCUGCCGUUCGACCGAGAAGGCGUCGCUCACGAACACGAGACACCGGCCUGACACAGAGAGCUUCGAAAAGGUGGUUGUGCUGGCACAGGAGUAUGGCCAAGCGUACUACCACCUCCUUGUGGAGAACUUAUCGCGGAUUACCGUCGUGAAGGACGUGCUAAUGGAAAACCCUGACGUCAAGAUUCAUGCGGAUCUAGCGAUCGUGCCGCCUUCGACGGUGUGCGGCAAGCCCAACGCGGCAAUGGUCAAUCUGCUGAGGCACCACUUGCUGCAGUUCAAUUUGGAGAACUUCCCACGGGUUCAACUCGUGGGACGUCCGGGGAUGUACCCGCACACUGGGGGCGUACCCCCUGUUCCUCCUCGGCCCGUCAUCGUGCUAGUCGUGCGAGUGAAGAAACGGGGCCUCCAAAACAACGCCGAGGUUCGAGAGGCGCUUGCCCAGAACUUCCCGGACUUUGACGUGGUGGAAUUCAACGGCGUAGAGCAUAUCCGGGCACAGCUGGGGAUGUUCGCUACGGCGUCCAUGAUAGUGGGCCCUCACGGCGCCGGGCUGUCGAACAUGGUGGUGUCGCCACUACACACCAUGAUCCUCGAGAUUGGUCCCAUCGACUGCCCAGCGUGCUAUGUAAACCUCGCAAUAAAGCUGCAGCACAUUUACGCCCGACACACCGGAAGCGACCCAGGGGACGACCCUUGUGAUUCUUGGUACGAACCGAACGUCGAUGAAGUCGUCAGCCUCGCGCGGUGA